AUGAUUAUCGCUAAGUUGUAUGACACAUGCAUUCGCGCGAAAAUUUUAAGUGGAGAUCACAAAGACAAAGAAGUUUUGAUAUCACGUUGCCGCAUGAGUACUGACUCGAGCGAUCUUAGUGGUAAACUGGAAAGAAUUCAGAUUCCAGUCAAAUUAGCGUUUGCGAUGACCAUAAAUAAAUCUCAAGGUCAAACGUUCGACUACGUAGGUGUGUAUUUGAGGAAGGCUCCAUUCGCACAUGGUCAACUGUACGUAGCUUUGUCGCGUGUCCGGUCAAAGGAAAGGAUGUUAAUUCAAGUUAUAUCGGAUGCACUGAUGGGGAAAUUAAUACCUGGAUGUGACGAUGUUUUCGUUCCCAAUGUAGUACAUAAAGACAUUUUUCAAUAG